AAAAAAGCGACUACUGAAUGUACGUACGCGAGACGCGAAGACUUGCAGUCUGAAUUCAUACAGUAAGCUAGUUGGAUGUUCAUAAAAAAAAAGUUAGUACUAACAGAACGUUCCUUUGGUAAAGCCGCGUGUGAUAAUCCGUUAUAUGUUGUGUAAUUAAUUAGUGGAUUGGUUUAUUGGCCCCGUUGGAUGCACAAUCGAUUCUUGCCAAAGUAUGCACAGCAACGCUUUUCAUUUUAAACUGUGAAAGGAAUUGAUGGACCCACCGAAAAACACUAAGUGCUGAAGAAGUUGGACAACGUUAUUUAGAAAUGUGGCAGUUGGCACUUUUGUCGUUUGUUAUAGGAGUGUCUGCACAAACCAUCAGUCAGGCGGGAGAUAAAUGCAGCCGCCAAUACAUAUGCCCACCGGAGUACUUAAAGUUAAAUCAAUUCUGUUACUACUUUAGCAAGAAUAAAACGACGUGGCAAGAUGCCUUCUUCACAUGCCAAGAUUUACAUGGAAAAUUUGCGACUGUAAAGCAUGUGAAUCAAGACAAGAUGCUUCGAAACUUCCUUAACAAGAUAUCUAUGUCAAAUGAAGAAAGGUGGAUAGGUGGAAUGUAUGACUGGGAACAGAUGAAAUGGAAGUGGGGAGCGUCUGGCCAAGAAAUGACGUUCAAAGGGUUUUCCCAAAUGGAUCCGGAAGACAAGGAGAAAUUACAAUGGCACUGUACUAUUAUGGACCCGCACCUUGAUUAUAAGUGGAACGCGCGAAGCUGUUUGGAACAGAAGUACUUCAUUUGUCAAACGAAACCUAAGCUCCGAGGUGCCGCAGGAAAGAAAAAGCAACCCGCUUACAAUGUAGACAAAUACAACAAAUUAAACGAAAUACCUCUCCCCGUUAAACCAUACCAUGACAAACCCUUCAAGGAGUACAUCCCAAAUGACGAAGCCGCCACCACAUCCAAUAACGGGCUGGAUCAAGUAGCGUACGCGUACAGAGACGCAUCGUUUAGAGAUAAGCAAAAGGAUAAGCCGAGGAUUAGGAAAAACAAAACGUACAAGAGAAUCUUGUGCGAAACUCGGGUUGUCAAUAACGAGAUGGAGUAUUACUGCCCACAGUUGAAAUACGCGAAGAGGCGGAGGCGAAACAAAAGUAAAGAGGAAAAAGACGAGUCAGGUGAACAAAUCCAAACUAGAAUCUAUUAUAGCGGCGAACCAAAAAGUCCAUUACAUCCUAGAGUUCUAACAGAGGAGAUAAGUUUUGACUGAUGGACGAUUACCUACUACUCGUUUACCUAAUACCUAUUUUAGAAUGUAAAGUAAAAACUAUGCAGUGAUUUCCUUUAAACUAUUUUCGUAUGUAUAAACUUAAAACAUGUCUUUAAUGUCUUUCCAUGUUGUGUUGUUAUAUUUAUUUUGUUUAUAUAAUAAAUGUUUUACAGCUAA